UGCGGGUCAAACUUUCAAGGCUAAGACUAAUCGUUUGGAGAGGCGCCACACCAUGGCAGCGAUUCCCACCAAUGCAUCUCAUACCCCUAAGAAACAUUCCACUCCUAGGAAACAAACGCCUGUAAAAACUCCCAGGAAAACCCCUAAUAAGAUGAACACGCCUAAGAAGGUCAGUCCCAGACAUGCUAGACACUCCAGGAAAGCAAGAUCAAGACACUGCAGUGGACAUAUAGUCAAAGAGCACCACAUCCUGAAGACCAAGAUGGUCAGUGAAACCCCCAGACACAAGCAGGUUGCCAUGGCAUUACGUAAACAAGAAAGACAACAAUCAGAGACACUACAAGAUGUGGUUGUAGUUGAAGAAUCUCCAGAGAAAGAUCUCCUUGUAAAAAGUGCAGAUUUAAAUGCAAGUUCACUGCUGAAUGGCAGUCAGAAAGUGAAAUGUAAAGUCCAGGGGAAGUCUAUCUUGGCCAGGAGAGGGUCUUUCUAUUCCGAGGCAUCCAGAACUUUACAAAAGCACAGAGAACUAGCAAAAAGAAUUGCAGGUCAUCAGCCUGUGAUUCCUCUUCAUCCAGAAAUGAAACUAAAAUUAAAGACACCAGUGAGGAAGAGGGGUGAUUUCUUGCUUUCUCAAAUAAGGAAAAGUAGUGAAAAGAAGAUUGAAAAUGCUGGAGAAUCUCAGGAUCUAAAGAAAAGUACCCCAGACAAAACUGGAAACUGCACACAGGUUACAAAUAGUACCACUGCUGUCACUCCGAGGAGAGCAACCAAGAAAGCACUGUUUCUUUCUCCAGUUAGAACCCCAACAAGGACAAAGACUCCAACACCUAGAAGUUCAACCCAGGAAGAAACCUCUUGCCACACCAGUCUAACUCCAAGAAAAACACCCAAGAAAACAGGCACUCCAAGUUCUGUAAAGAGAGCAGUCUUCAAUAAACUGGCAACCACUCCAGUGAAAACUUACCAAGAGACACCUGUUUCUUGUUCUACGAAAGUAUCCAAUGUUUGUAUAUCUGAAACACCUAGUAAACUAACCAACCCAGAUUUUGUUUCCCCAGCUAAACAAACUGAAUUUGAGCGGCUGACAUGGGUGAGCACAACACCCCAGAAGGCUGGUAGUGGUAUCAGUUUAGAGCAAUCUUCAUUUGCUGAUACACCAAGCAAGAAUACCAGAUCAAGGACAGAAGUGGGACAAUAUGAUGAACUUGGUGACAAAAAUGGUGCAUCUAGGUGUCAGACAGAUGAGGGGUUAUCAGACAUUCACAACAAGGAAAGUAAUGCUUUAACAGAGGCAGUAAAGCCUGCUAAAUUAAAAGUGGAAAGGCAAUGUGCAACAGACAGUGAACAGUUAACAGAACUUGACACCACAAACCAAAGCAAAACAUCAAAAGUGCAUCGAAAACAAUCAGAAAGGCGGGCUGCCUCAAAUUCUACAAAAUCAAGGAAAAAGUUGGACAGUUCUUCAGGCGUGGAGAGUGAAAAUGAUACCACUCCUAUGAAAGGUCAACUGUCAAUCAAAACCUUUCUUCAGCACACUCCUCCUCAAGAGACUUUACUGUCGUCUGCCAGCCCCUUCACCCCUCCACCCAUCAGAGUGCAAACAACCCCAGAUACAUUUGACAAAUGGCACAGGAGGAAGUCUAGGCAUGGAUUGCAUUCACCAGCAGCUGUGAAAACUAAAGCUGCUUCGAGUAUAUUUAAUACUCAGCCUUGCCAAGCAAAGGAGACAGGAAGCAAAAGGCAAAAAAGUAGAAGGUCGAUCAGUAAUGGCCCUUCACCAUCACAUGCCAACUUGGGCAACUAUGGCGAGGGUAAUGUUAUUGCAAAAGAUGAUGAUUCAGAAACUGCAGAGAAGGGAUGCAAGGACAAUUCUAUGCUGUCUCAAAAUCAAAAUGAAAACAGUUCUCUUUCUUUUCAUGACUACAUGGUAUUUCUCAGCCCCAGUCAUAGGAAAACCAGAAAGGCUGCACAGGAAGGGAAAAUGAGUGAUGAUGAAAGUGUCAUCCAUUUCAAAGCUGCUGAAGACCAGGGGUACAGCUUAUUUGAUCCAGAGUCUGCAAUUCAGUAUAAUAUAAAUGUUGCAAAACAGGUCCUUAAGUCAAGUAAUGAAAUUUCAGAAGGAACUACAAUUGAAAAAGAAGUAUGCAGAAAAGAUAUACAGGAGGCUGAAGAAGACUCACUUUUAUCAAAUAAGGAGUUUGCUGAGAAAAGGCGGGUCCUAAAACAUCAUAGCAGGUCAUUUGACAGCCAGUCAUCUAAGGAAAGCUUUAACACACAAGGAUGGUUGCCAGAGAGAGUGAGUAGAGGACAUGUUAAGGAUACUGUAGUUGAACCCCACCAAACAAAGCGUAGUCCACCAGUUCUAGCUGGUGACAUAUGCAGGGAUGUCUCCUCGGAUGACUCAUUGAAAGAAAAUAAGGUGCUUAGUAGAAAACGUACAUGGACAUCUCCAAAUGAGAUGAGAACGUCCAAAAGGCUGCGCACUAACACUCAAUCUUCCCAUUUUGAUACAGAGGACAGUUCUGACAGCAUUUCAAUGGAAAGUGGAGAUGAAUUUCUUAAUGAAAAUGAGACAAAUUCGACCUUUUCCUAUAGUAGUCAUAAAAGGGCGGUGAUGGUGCAAAACACUACAAAUUCUGAUUUACUCCUUGAUGGAGUUGAGGCUGUUGGAUCACCAGUGCAUCAGCGAAUUUACAGCUUGAGGAAAGGGCGCUUGAGAUCAUUUAGUAGUGACGUUUGUCACAUUGUCAGUGGUAGUUCCCAUCACUGCGAUGAGUUGAACAGUAAUGUGGAGAAUAGCAUAAGUAAACCCUACAUUCAGUCAAGCAAAGGAAAGUCGGUCAGUGAUGUUGCCGAUUUACAAACAGCGAGUCCCCAGGGAUCAGAAAAGCAGUCUUCUCCUAAAUAUUCGCCAGUGUCAGCAAUAGGCCUGUUGGGUUUGAUGAAUUCCCCCAUAAUUAAUACUUCUAAUGUAGGUGCAAAACUGGAAGUCAACAAGGUCGGGGAGAGUGAGCAAAGACCCAGAUCGCGUAGGACUUUGAACAUGAAAAGUGCCAAUAACUGACAUUUACUUCAUUGAAUUGACAAUUGUUGUGGUAUUUCUAGUAAACACGUUAAUGAGCAGUUGAUUGGAAAUUGUGAAUUUUUAUUUGCUCAUAUUUCAGACCGUAUCUAGUCUUACGUGUUUAAUUUAUAAUAUUUAUUCUUAUAUGUUUUCUUUAUUUCUUUGUAUUUGAACUUCAGAAUAAGAACAUACUAUUGACUGUAAUUGAACCAGUGCAUUUAUGCAAAUAAUAUUUUAAAGCCCUUUUAUUACAGAAAUAAUGUGGUUGAUAAGAAAAAUUGAUACUCUACCCCUGGUCGGAGAGAAAUCGAGAAUAAGUGGCACAAAUACUCCAUGAAGCAGAUUUUUGAUUGUGCUUUCGUAUUUUUUAAUGACAGUCUUCACCUGCAUUCAGUGCUCUGUAUAAUCGUUCGUGAAGUAUAAUUUCGGUGCCCGGUUGGCUUUACAAAUGCUGGGAAAGUUGUCACGAAGAUUAAAAAUUGUGAUAAUGCAGUAUUGGCCCAAAUAUUUAUCAGACCUUUAUCGCAACUUUUAUCACAAUUUGCUGUCUACUGUUUCCUUUCGACCAAAACGCCAGUGAAAGUUUUUAGUAUCUUUUUUUUAAUAUCGUCUUGCGCGAACGAAAUCCACUGCCGUCUGUCGCCUUGAACGGUUGCACUUUUUAAGGUGUGGUCUCUAGUUACCGGGGCUUUUAUUUUUAAAACUUUAUUAAAUAUGCGAAACUAGUUUCGAUCUAGAAACGUCAUGCACAUCUCAGUUAAAGCAGGGGUUUCUAAUUACGUUUUAACGGUGUGGGGGAGGCUCUAAAAAGUCAUUGUGUGCAAUGCGGCGAUUAAAAAUGUUAGUGAUCCAAAAUAAAAA